ACGAAGCCUGUAAUCUCCUCUCUUUUCUGGAGCCGGGUCGACCCGUAUACCCUCAACCGCCAGGGGAACGACGCCGGUACCCAGUACAGAUCCGGGAUCUACUACUACGACGAGAAUCAGGCUCGGCUGGCUCGGGAAUCGAAAGAGGCCAGGCAGUCGGAAUUGAAAGGACAAAAAGGUCGUGACGGAGAUUCUCCCGGCGAAGAGAUUCUACAGGGCGGAAGAGUACCAUCAGCAGUAUCUGGAGAAAGGCAUCGGCAGAGGCAGCAAGCAAUCCGCUGCAAAGGGCUGCAACGAUCCCAUUCGAUGCUACUGCUGAAGAAAAAGAUUUCAACCUCUUAA